AUGAGUAGUGCAACUGAAUCAAUGGCUAAACGAAAGUUGAUAGCCACAAUCGCCGACGAAGAUACAGUAACUGGAUUACUUCUAGCUGGUGUUGGACAAAUUUCCAAUGAAAUUGGUAAAGAAACCAAUUUCCUUACUGUUGUACCUGGGAAAACCACUAUAGAUCAAAUUGAAGAAGCAUUUGAUACUUUCACAUCUAAGAGAGAUGAUAUCGCCAUUUUAUUGAUUAAUCAACAUUUAGCUGAUUUGAUAAGAUAUAGAGUUGAUAGUUAUACUGCUGCAUUUCCUGCUAUUUUAGAAAUUCCAUCCAAAGAUCAUCCUUAUGACCCUGAAAAGGACUCAAUUCUUAAGAAAGUUAGAAGAUUAUUCGGAGAAUAG